GGUCUUUUUGACAAAAAUUAUGUCUUCUGCGGAUAAGAACCGUCCAUUUACAUGGCGGGUCAGUAAUGGAUUUGACGCUGGAAACAGGGAAGAAGGGUUGUUUCAGUUUCUGGAUAUAUAUAUCAACUCUUUGUGAUACAUUCAUAAUACCCAGUUCAAUUUCUUGACAGAAAGGUUGAGGAAAAUGGAUCUAAGACGCAAUGAAAAUGAUGGGAAUUCAGAACCCACCCAAUUCCCUGCUCAAAUUUCUCAUUUGGCCCUCGAUAUUGGAGUAGCUGGAGUAUGAGGAGAAGCAUUCAAGUGAAGUGAAAAUGGAUGCUACUCUUGCUAAAUGAUUAUUAUUAGUUGGGGUGUGUUCACUAUAAUAACAAAAUUCUUGCUUUCAGGAUCUCUGAUCAAGGUGGUUUAUUUCUCAACAAGUAGAGAUAAUUGUAUUGAUUGUGAGGGGGAGAGCUCUGCAAAUGAUACCCUUAGACUUUUCAGUGGUAAUUGCAAGCAUCCUGUUCUUCAAGGAAGGCUCCAUUUUGCAAAGUUUGAGACAAGCAAAAUCAAAGAUUGUUUGGAGUUUAUUAGUUCCAAGGAACUUCACCUUGGUGGUUUCCAGCAUCAUGAAAAUCCUUCCAAGGACAGGAAAUUUAUUAAGGCCACAGGUGGUGGGGCAUACAAAUUUGCUGAACUUUUCAAAGAAAACCUUGGGAUUGAUCUUGACAAGGAAGAUGAAAUGGAUUGUCUUGUGGCAGGAGCAAAUUUUUUGCUUAAGGCAGUACAUCGUGAAGCUUAUACAUUCAUGGAUGGCCAGAAGGAAUUUGUGCAGAUUGACCAAAGUGAUCUCUACCCAUAUCUACUUGUGAAUAUAGGAUCUGGUGUUAGCAUGAUCAAGGUAGAUGGAGAUGGUAAAUUUGAGCGAGUUAGUGGAACAAAUGUUGGAGGCGGCACCUUUUGGGGUUUGGGAAGGUUAUUAACAAAGUGCAAGAGUUUUGAUGAGUUGUUGGAGCUAAGUCAUCAGGGGAAUAACCGAGCGAUAGAUAUGCUUGUCGGGGAGAUCUACGGUGGAAUGGAUUAUUCCAAGAUUGGCCUUUCAUCAACAACUAUUGCUUCCAGCUUUGGGAAGGCUGUUUCUGACAAUAAAGAGCUUGAAGAUUACAAGCCUGAAGAUGUUGCCCGGUCUCUUCUUAGGAUGAUUUCAAAUAAUAUUGGACAGAUCUCUUACUUGAAUGCACUGCGGUUCGGGCUCAAGAGAAUUUUUUUUGGAGGAUUUUUCAUACGGGGUCAACCUUAUACCAUGGACACAAUUUCUGUUGCAGUUCAUUUCUGGUCCAAAGGAGAGGCAAAAGCCAUGUUUUUGCGGCAUGAAGGAUUUCUGGGAGCUCUAGGAGCGUAUGUGAGCUAUGCAAAGCAUAGCAAUGAUAACGUGGUGUGUAAUCAAUCAACGCAACUCCCUGUCAGUGCAUCAUAUGCUGCAGAUCCAAAUUAUAACCCACUAAGUGGGGAUUUUAACGAUAAUGAAAGUAUACAAUGCAGUGUGUAUGCAGCUUGACAUUCGCAGUGCCUCUCUUGUCUCUUGUAUACUUAGGCAGGUUUGAGAAAGUUGUAAAAUUUGUAUACACAGUUGAAACACACAGAACUAAUAAUUUAUAUCAGAAAGAUCGUAGGACUGAUACCAUCAAGUAUCAGCAGAAGCGUAAAAGGGUUCCUGGGGAGUCAAAAUGAAACCUUGUUACUUUACCUGAUUGCUUGUGUAACAUGUAUCUAGAUUUUGUUGUAGUCUAAAACCAUAUUCUGUAGAUUCAAAUAAACACUGUAUCUCAAUUGUUUAGUUAAUACGAUUUCUUACAGCAUUAGAGAUCUUCUCUACUGCUAUUCCCAAUUUUA